GGCGCAGUGAGUUUCCGGUUUCUGCACAUGGAAAAAUAUUUUGACAAAUAAUACUCGAACUUUGCAUGUAUGAGGCACUUCUAGUGGAAUAAAUGACUGUAUGAGAAUGCAUUAAGUGUAGUUGCAUAUUCAUAUCUCAAAAUGGGUAUCAAAAGUUUACAGGAUUACAUCGAAACUGAAUGUAAAGACGCUUGCAAAAAUGUUGAUUUGCUGAAAAUUUCAAGGAAUUUCGUUUCUAAAAGGCGGGGUCGCAAUGCAGCACAGAGUCGACUUAGUCUGAUCAUAGACGCUGAAAGCUGCCUUGACAGGUUGUAUGGUGGCUACUACUCAGAUUGGGUAUGUGGAGGACAAUGGAACCGAAUGACAGAGUUCCUCUCCAACUUCAUGCAGGCAUGUCACGAAGCUAACAUGGAGCUUGUUGUAUAUUUUAACGGUGGUCUCGAGGCAGAGAAAAUAAACCAAUGGCACAAGCAUGAGUUGGAGGAGAAAAAGAAAAUCAAUCUUAUUAUGCGUCACAUUGGCAAUAAAGGUACACCUCCACCAAAAGUUUGGUGGGUAGCACCAAUUAGCCUCGGGUCGUGUCUACGAAUGGCUUUACGCCAUCUUGGAAUCUCUACAGCUAUGUCAAUGGAUGAUCACUGCCAAGAAGUGAUAGCUUACUGCCGAGAAAAUAAUUUCAAUGGUAUUAUAGCGGAAGAUGCAGAAUAUGCUAUUUUUGAUCCUCCGCGCUAUUUCUCAUCGCACAAUCUGAAGUUGACCUACAAAGGAUGUCUGGAAUCAAAAGAGUUUAUUAUGGAUGAAGUAGCACAGAAGAUGGACUUGCACCCUAACAGAUUCUGCGUCUUUGCUGCACUUUUAGGAAACCAUAUCUUGGCAGAAGAAGAUCUCAGGGAUUUCUUCAUCGAACAAUUAGACUUAGCAUCUGGAUAUAAUAUGUCAAAGGUGAUGCCUGAUACAAUCAUAAAAGCUGUGCUGAAUUAUGUUAGAGGAUUAGCUUCCAUAGAUGAUCUUGAUGUUCUGGGAAAACAAAUCUUUAAAGAUAACAAUGCUCAACAAAGCAAGGUGAACAAGUUCAAACAGAGUGUGCAAUAUUACCUGAAUGGCACCCAGGAAGGCUUCCUCAAAUACAGGCCCAGGGUAAAAGUAGUGCCUGCUACAGACAGUUCCUCCCAACUACCAGGCAGUUAUCCUACAGUGAAAGCCAAGCCAAAAAUCAAACAAAGCCCUACCUCCCCUGUAGAACCCAUAAAAGAAGGAUCACCUGAGACGAGUGAUGCUCCAGUAGUACCCACAGACGCAACAGAGAUUGAAGAUUCCACCCAGACUACAGAUACUGCCACGGAGCCUGUAGAAUCCACUGAGCCCACAGAUACACUUAAAGAUAAUACUCCAGCAGAGAAACCACCAGUACCUGAAACACCUGUAGAUAGCACACCAGUAGAUGCACCUGGAGAUACUGAAGAAUCUGAACCAGCCCAAGCUGAAGAGGAAGAUAGUAAGGGCUUACAUCAGGGCGCAGACAGUGUUUACAUGCAGGCUGAAAGUGGCUAUGGAAACAUGGAUACCAAGUCUGCUACACCAGAAAUUGUCAUAGAUGCUCCUAGUGAAGGGAAAGAUGAUGAAGAAGAAGAAAGAGAUAACGAUACUGCCAAAAAUACAGAUAUUGAAGACCUUAAAGAAAAGGUCAACGAAAUGGAUCUCAAUGACACAAAUGCUGAAGCCACCAUCACCCCAAAGUUGCACCCAGAUGCCCAGAAACUAAGUUCCUCUAGUAGCAGUAGUAGUUCCAGUAGUGGCUCAAGCCCUAGUAGAGCCAGUCCUGACACAUGGGCUGCUAAGAUACAGGUGCAAAAUAAGAAACCAAAAGAAUCAACAAACCAGGAAUCUGAGAAAUCUAGUCGACUGCCUCCGAUUGCACAUGAGAUUGUCCGCAUUGCCAGUGAACGUCAUCAAAAAGGACUCAUGUCUGCCUGGAUAUACCAGGUCAUUUCACAGGGUGAAAUUAAGAUAGGUGUCACACUUGAAGAUGAUAAUUGCAAGGAAAUCCCGUCAGCUGUUGAGUUAUAUAGAGAAGCAAGGCAACAUGCAUAUGCUCUACUCUUCAAUGUUAGGAAACAGAAGAAAGGACAAACAGAAGAAGAGUUCAACCUUCCAAAAGAGGUGACCAUCAAGGAGUGGAUUGUCAGUCGUAACGAUGGCCCCCCUGUUUGUAUCAAUGUCAGUGGUUUACCACCAGAUUGGAAGGUACCUACCAUUAAGCGACUUUGGCUUGGACAACAAAUCGAGGACAAGAACCGCCGCUUGAGAGCAUUCUUGACAUGUAUGAAAAGUGAUGCUCCCCUCAUGCUCAACACUUCCUAUGUUCCACAGCAUUUACUCAUCCUAUGCUGCGUUCUAAGAUAUAUGAUGCAAUAUAAGGGUCAGCCUAUCCUUAGACGCUAUGAGUUGGAUGCUAUCCUAGCGCAGAGUGUCUCUCCUCAACUCAUUGAUACAAAAACAAUGCAAGAUAUGAAGUUACCUGUGAUAGCAGUACGAGGGGUCCAGAUUGGGUCGUUAGUGAUGCGUGGGGUAGACAAUGCCAUAUUUGCCAAUGAUGCCUGUGGGGCCCCCAUACCAUGGGGUCUGACAUGCCCCUGGAUGUACUUUGAUGGUAAACUGCUACACUACAAACUGUUGAAAGCUACUAAUGGGGCCCCCCUCAAUGAGAUAUGUGAUGGACAGGUUGACCAGGUGAUGAAGGUAGAGAGGAUGAGACAGGCAAUCCUAGAGGGCUUGAAGGCAGACUUUGCAAGGCCCCAGUUACCCCUGAUCCCCAACAAUCCUUAUAUGUACCAGGGAGACCCCAUGCUUAGACCAGCAGGCAUGCCAGCAGGAAUGGGCACUUCUCAAGGUUUGCGUAUGUGUGGUCCACCUGGCCCAAACAUGAUGCCUGCAGCUAGAGGACGCGGCACUGGUCGAGGUACUGGUCUCUUAGGGGACUUUGUAGGGCACCAAGCUCCAAGGGGUCCAGUUGAUCAGAGAGGGGGAGAAUUGCAGAUUGCAGGUGUAGUGGUCGGCAGCUGGGGAGGAAGUGGGAAUAAAGGGAGAGGAAGGUCCACACAUAUAGCUCCCCAGGUUACAUCAGUAGGACCAGGACAACAGCGCAGGGGAGGUCCAGCAAUGAGAGGCGGCGGCAGAGGAGGUAUGGCCCCCAACCCAUCAGCCUACCAACAACCGUACAAUCCUACAGCAAUAGGUGCUAACCCACACAUGGGAACCAAUCUACAAUAUCAGGACCCCUUCACACAUUACCAAGGUGUGAGUAUGAUGUUGCCCCAUCAACAGCACCAACAGCAGACCAUGUAUGCAGCACAGCAAGCAAGACGUGGUGGCAGGGGAGGUCAACAAUACCAACAGAGGUUCCAUAAAGGGGGCAACAACAGUCGUGAUAUUACCAAGAUAUCCCUAGCUGAGAGAACGAAGGUGUCUCCAGCAGGACGGGGCAGGGGGUGUACCAUAGAGGGACAGGGCGAUAGUUCACUAGAUACCAGUGCAACAUUCUCUGAACAACCAAUGACAGGGGAGAUAGGACAAUUCAUGGAUGCAGACAACAAAAUUAAUGGCGAUCCGCGUAGUCCUGAUAGUGGAAUCAAUACGAGUUUAAAUAUAGUAGAUUGAUCCAUGGAGUUGGUGCAUAUAUUUUAAGACCCCUUAGCUCAUCCAUGUGCUUCAUUGCAAGGUCACAUGUUGUUAUUAUAUGAGGCAGGUUUGUGUAUGGUCUAAGGGGUCUAGUGUUAUAAUGGAUGGAAAAUGAUUUCAUUGCCUUGUUUAAGAAAUGAGCCAGUGCUUAUAAUUUCUGAGAUUUUCAAAAAAUUUCAACUAAGCAUUGGUCAUUUUGGUAUUAUCAUGUCUUAGUAUUUAUUUAUGGAAUCAUUUUCCUUCCAUAAAGUUAUUAUACAUUUGCCAUUCAAAGCCAGGUUCUACAGUUUUGAUGGGAUUUGUUUAUUUUUGACAGAUUUUUAUAUUAAAGGAAUGUAUUAUUUUUGUACAUUUCUACUAUUAUUUUGACAGUGUUUAGGGCAAAAAAUCAAUUGGGAUAAUAGAGGGUGGUGACAAUAUAUAAUAGCUGCUGCCAUCUUUUUUUCAAUUACCAAACUAAAGUUAAACGGCAAAAUAGUCUAUUAGAUUGAGGUGAAUGGUGAACUUAUUAUUCUUUCAAACUUAAAUAUAAAGUAGUUCUUUAAAAGCUGAAAUACCAUAAAUAUUAAAUAGAAAAAUAAAACAAGCUAAAGCUUAAAGCAACAACAACAACAACAACAACAACAACAACA